UCACAUCAUCUACACACUCAACUCUUCUGAUCUCUCAAUCUCUCCGUCAGCAAUGGCGCUCCGGCGAACCCUAACUAAACGUCUCAUCAAAGACCAAACGCCCUUCAUAGAUGAUACACCUUUCACUUCUCUCUCAUCGCACAGAGCCUUAAAUGCAGCCAACUCGAAUCUCAAACGCGACCUGUUGACGUCGCCGGAGAACUCUUCUCCCACUGCGGAUGCUGGAUUCUUCCGGCGGUUUCUCCAGCGGAGAAAAAUCAAUCAGUCGUCGACAAUGAGUCUGCCGGAGUUGUUUUUAUUUCCGGUUGGCGAGAAACUAAGGGAGAAGCUGAACAUAUCUAGCGGAGAACGUCUCAGGCUUGAUGGACUAAGGAAUCCGGUAACGGGGCGUCCACCGGUUUCUAUCGACUCCGUCGGAAUAUCAGUGAAUGAUGCGAGGAAGAUCCUGAGGUUUUCUCAGUUGCAGAAGGUGAGAUCUGCGUUGAAACAGAUCCCAACGAAUUCGAUUAGCUACUCCGAAUUUCUCACAGUCUGCAUUGACAUUUGUAAUAAUCACGAUCAAGGCUUAGAGUUCUCCAAAAUGUUGGAUGAAGCCGGAGACGUCAUUGUCUUGGGAAACGUCGUGUUCCUCCGUCCCGAUCAGUUGGCAAAAUCAAUGGAGAAUUUGAUAUCACGAUCCAUAGCCAUUCCAAACGACCCAAGAAAACAUCAACUCGAAGAAUUAGAAACCCAAAAAGCUUUAAUCGAUCAAAAAUCAGUCUCCCAAGUUCGAGGUGAGCUCUAUUGUGGUCUCGGCUUUCUGGUAAUCCAAACAAUGGCGUUCAUGAGGUUAACAUUUUGGGAACUUAGUUGGGAUGUAAUGGAACCCAUCUGCUUCUUCUUCACAUCUUUCCACUUUGCACUCGCAUACAUGUUCUUCAUAAGAACAUCCAAAGAACCCACUUUUGAAGGCUACUUUCAACGUAGGUUUAAAACGAAGCAAAAGAAGCUUAUGGAGGUUUAUAAUUUUGAUCUUGAAAAGUACAACCAACUACAUUGGAAUCACGGACAUGGAAUGGAUUCACAGACAAGAUGA